CCCUCUACCUUACAUCCCGUCUCACUCCUCUCUCUCCCGACGUCCUCGGUGGAGAGCAGUGUGUGUGUGUACAGCAGUGUGUGUGUGUAUCAGAGAGGAGCACCAUGGUGACAUGUUCAGCCCGAGCUGCUGUCUCUCUCAUCGCCGUGAUCCUGCUGCUGGACAUCACCCACAUCGGAGGAUUUAUAACGGGAGAACCGCCGAGAGAUGAAGAGGAGGAGAUGAAGGACACAGCUACAGAUGACGAGCCGCAGAGAUUUUUCCAUGAGCCUCUGUGUGAGCCUCUACAGGUCAUGGUAAUCCCCUCACAUGUCCAGAUCCAGGCAGGACAGAGGAAACGUCUCCUGUGCAGAGUUCAGGGCAGUGCUGAGAGCCUUGUGUGGCUCGGUCCAGAUGGAGAGAACAUCUCAGAGAACCAGAAGAACAUCAGAGCGCACAGACACGACGAAUCUACCAGCUCACUCGUCAUCAUCUCGGCUCAGGUGGAGGACGCGGGCGUGUACACGUGUGUGGCAGAGAACACACACACCUCAGCGCAGAGCCAGGUCACCCUGCAGGUCGUGUUGAAGCGAUCCCGCAGAGCAAAGGAGGAACGAGGGAAAAAACAGAAAGAACCCAAACCCACAAAGAAACCCAAGGGUGUGAAAACCACCAAGAAGCCCAAGACUGAGAAGAAAGACAAGAAGAAGAAAGGGAAGAAGAAUAAAGAGAUAAUCACCACCACUUUACCUCCCACUACCACCACCACUGAGCCGCCCACCACCGAGCCGCCCACCACCACCUCUCCUCCCAUCGACUACGAUGACGAGUUUGUGGAUCCUUUUCCAGAUGAUUACUGGGACGAAGCGUAUCUGACAGAGGAAACCAUAGCCACCACAGCGCCCCCUGAACCCCUGACCCAGAAACCUUCAGAAGAUCUCGAACCCUUCCCAACAGACGAAUAUUCGCAGCCUUACAUCGACCCCGAUGAUGACUACUGGAAGGUUGAUGAGCCCGAGCCCACAGUCCCAGUGAUCAGCGGCAAAAACAAAGAAGAAGAUGAUUACUGGGACCCUACCUUCGAGGUGCCAGAAAACAUACCAUUCCCAGACGGUAAAGAGAUCAGCCCGACUGACCGCCACUGGAGUUACUCUAUUACAGAGGAGCCCACAGUCCCUACGUUUGAAAAGAAGUGGUAUGAGGAGUACGACUAUGAAGACGAGAAGAAAAAAGACGAUGAGCAGGAGAGACUGGAGAGAGAGAGGGAGAGAGAGUGGAGGGAGAAGGAGGAGAGAGAGAGGGAGGAGAGAUGGAGGGGGAAAGAGGAGGAGGAGGAGGAAGAGGAGGAGAGACAACGCAGGAUCAAAAAACCUCCACGUAUCUACAGAGAGCCCAAAGUUUGUCCUCCACUGGGACUGGAGUCUCAUCGCAUCGAUGCUGAUCAGCUGCAGACAUCUUCCAUGUACCAACAUCGCUACAGCUCUCACAGAGCUCGCCUUAACAUACAGGCGUCAGAAGACGAGUACGACAUGAACGGAGGAGCAUGGUGCGCUAACCCAGACGAAAAAGUCCACUGGAUCGAACUGGACACUCGCACGCUCACCGAGUUCACCGGAGUCAUCACACAGGGCCGAGACGACCCGGUCGAGAACGAUUACGUCACGUCCUACUACGUGGCCUUCAGCAAUGACAGUAGAGAGUGGACUGUCCUGCAUGAUGGAUACUCAGAAUGGCUGUUCUUCGGGAACUCUGAUAAACACACCCCCGUGAUGUCUCAGUUCAUGGAUCCCGUGGUGGCGCGUUACAUCCGCAUCCUUCCCCAGAGCUGGAACGGAACCGCAUGCAUGAGGAUGGAGGUGUUGGGAUGCCCUUUGCCUGACCCUUUAACUGAGAACCAGAGGCAGAACGAGGUGACGCCGAGAGAUGACCUGGACUACACGUACCACAAUUACCUGGACAUGGAGAAGUUCAUGAAGUCCAUUUCAGAUGAGUGUCCCAACAUCACCAGGAUGUACAGCCUGGGCAAGAGUUCAAAUGGCCUGGACAUUUACGCCAUGGAGGUCAGCGAUAAUCCCGGGAUCCAUGAGACAGGUGAGCCAGAGUUCCGCUACACAGCCGGUUACCAUGGUAAUGAGGCUCUGGGCAGAGAACUCCUGUUGAUGCUUAUGCAGUAUCUCUGUAAGGAGUACAAAGAUGGAAACCCCCGCGUGCGCACCCUGGUGGACGGAAUACGCAUUCACCUUGUUCCCUCGGUUAACCCUGAUGGUCACGUGACUGCUUUCGAGAAGGGUUCUGAGCUUGGCAGCUGGACACUGGGCCACUGGACUGAGGAUGGACAUGACAUCUUCCUGAACUUUCCAGACCUCAACACUGUGUACUGGAAUGCACAGGACAAGGGGAUGGUGCCCAAAUUGACCCAGAAUCAUCAUGUGCCCAUUCCUGAUGGCUAUCUGGCUGAAAAUGGACCUCUAGCAGUGGAGACACGGGCCCUUAUCUCCUGGAUGGACAGCCACCCAUUCGUUCUAGGAGCCAACUUGCAAGGCGGAGAGAGGAUGGUCACCUACCCCUUCGACAUGCGUCGCCUCACCAAAGAGUCUGAGGAGCUGGAAAAGAAGCUGAACCCCAGGGCUGAUCGUCGCAAGCGCCAGUAUGAGGAAGAAGAAGAACCAGAAUCAAAUCCGUACCUCCACAUCGGGUACCAUCAAGAGAGCUAUGGUGGGCACCAUGAAAGUCACGGUUACCAUCAAGAGAACUAUGGUGGGCACCAUGAAAGUCACGGAUACCCUCAAGAGAACUAUGGCUACCACCAAGAAAAUUAUGGAUAUCAUCAAGAGAACCAAGAAUACCACCAUCCGGAGAACCAGGGGUACCAUCAUGAGGGAUACUCUGAAGGGUACCAUGAGGGAUACCAGGAGGGAUACCAUGGAGGAUACCAGGAAGGGCACCAAGAGGAAGGCUAUGAGCAAGGUUAUGAGCAGGGCCAUGGACAGGCAGAACCAGAGGAGAUUAGGAUGGUUGAGGACCAGUCUUUGUUCCGCUGGUUGGCCAUAUCUUAUGCUUCUACUCACCGCACAAUGACCCAUACGUUCCGGACUGGGUGUCAUACCGAGGACCCCACAGGUGGGAUUGGAAUCGUCAACCGUGCCAAAUGGAAGCCCAUUUCAGGAAGUAUGAAUGAUUUCAGCUACCUACACACCAACUGCUUUGAGUUGUCCAUCUUCCUGGGCUGUGAUAAAUAUCCCCAUCAGAGUGAGCUUAUAAGAGAGUGGGAGAACAACAGAGAGGCUCUGCUGACCCUCAUGGAUCAGGUGCACCGGGGGAUUAAGGGGGUUGUCCGAGACAAGGAGGGGAACCCCAUUGUAAAUGCCAGUAUCUCUGUGGAAGGAGUCAAUCAUGACGUCACCACAGGUGAGGCUGGUGAUUACUGGCGCAUGCUGAAUCCUGGUGAGUAUCAGGUGACUGCACGGGCCAGCGGUCAUUCCUCGUUGAGCCGAAAGUGUGUGGUGGGUUUUGAACCAGGAGCCACUCUGUGCAACUUUGAGCUCAACAAAUCCAACUGGGACCGCAUCAAAGAAAUUAUGGCUCUCCAUGGCAACAAGCCCAUCCGACUGCUCAACCCUGGAAAAGGCAGUCACUAUACCUUCCGUGGCGACAGAAGGAUCAACAACCGGAUUCCUGACGGUAAUGGUGGAUAUACUGACCGAACCCGUCUGCGGCGCUUAAGGCUUAUGAGGCUUCGUCGGCUGCGGCAAGAAAAGCUCCAGGCCAGGAUGUCCACUACAACGAUCAUGGCAACAACAAUGCCACCGACUACCACUGCGACCACCACCACCCCCAGCCCCACCACAACCAACACGGUUCUUCUGGGCACAGACAACUUCACAUUGUGGUAUGACUCAUGGCUGCCGGUGGAGGAGAACACAACGCAGCCGGAGCUCGAGAUCACAGACUCAUUGGAUUACAACUAUAAUUACAAGAUUGAUGAUUACUAAGUCCAAGGGUCACGGAUGGGUCCUAGAGAACAUAGCGUGCUACUUCCUCCUUCUUCAAUCAGCACGGACAAGCAAUCGAUCACGGACAGUUCUUGAAUCAUCAGAUAAUGGGUUCUGAAUGAAGGAUCUCGUUGGUGUAGGAGUGCUCUACCAAGAACUUGCUUUAUUUCAUCAGUUACAAGGAACUAACAUCGUUCGAAAAAGGCGUCUCCGGAUCAGCAAGGUUGGACUUGAUGGUAAAGUUGAUCAGAAACCUGAUCAUACGUCAUAAUGAUCUCCUUUUUCCUUCUUUCAGUAGAGCUUAGCAUAGAAUACAACUUUAAAUUACACAAUUUAUUUGUUAAGCCACAGACAAUGAUUUAACCAACUAUCUAUACACAACGUUAGCUACAUUUACUAAGUGUCUACUGUCCUGCUUUCUACAAACUGUUCAGUGUAUGAUGUCAUGUGAUCAAGUUUGCAACUGACUGACCAAAUGGAACCUCUUUCUGACCAUCAUUUACCAAGGCAAUAUAAAAAUGUUUUUCUAAUUUUAAAUAAUGCAUGAUAACUGUAAUAAGUAACAUCUGAGGAAAUAAAACUAGUUGCUGUUAGUGAACCUGAAGCUAUAGCUAUCAGAGAUCUACAGCAUUUGUCUUUGGAAGGCAGUAACACAUUGCAGAUGUGGCUCUCAUCUCUCAUCAAUGACGCCUCUUCAGCCUGACAUCAUUUCUUCAUCAUCAUUUUCACUGGGCUCUAAUUCAGAAACCUCCCCCAUCCUCUGUCCUUGGACGACCUACAUGGUUCCCACAGAGCCAAAACUGAACAUUUAUACAAAAAGUGACUUUAUUUACACUUUUUUUUUUAUCACACAAUAAGCAACUCUGUCAGGUCAGCACUGCACAAUGUCUACAGGAGACGUUUCUCUUGGAGAUCUGGAGGUCGAAUGGACUUGAUGUUUCAUCCAAUAAAGGCUUGUUUAUGGA